GUUUCCAACAAGGGCUCUAUAUUUAGCUGACGAGGGGACUGGGUGACCCAGUCUGACUGCAACACACACAGACACACUCCUCUCUGUCACCUGUUGGCUGUUCCUUUAGCAUUGGUGUGUGUUCAUCUUACUGAAGAGGAGUAUCCCUACACCACCACGACAGACUGAUGUGACUGAGAAUGUCCACGCUGCUUAAAACAGAGCUGUCAGCUGUGGCCUAAUGAAAAUCCAGCUCUGUGUUCAGUGAAGUGGCAGUUUGAGGUGACCAUGUGUCAGUCAGAGGAGCCUCAGGCCAGACUGGGUCUGAACAGUCCUGAUCUGCUGGUGAGAGAGGCUUUUCUGAUGGCCCAUGACUAUAUAGACUAUGUAACCACAGGGGGGGCUGAUGGGACCAUGGGUCCUGCCCCCACAGCCUGCACUGCAGCCCUGCGCCACGCCGGAGAUGAACUCCUAAACCGUUUCCCCAUCUUCUUCAGGCGCUGGCCUCGCGUCUUCCAGGAUGUGACGGAGAACACAGCCUGCCCCACGCUCAUGAGCAUCCUUGAUGAGCACUUCUUUCCCCCUGUCCCUGGGGGACACCGCAGGGACCUGGCCUGGAGUGCAGUGUUGUCUGUGUAUGUGCUGGCUGGCCAGAUGGCUCUGCAUUGCCAUGAGAGGGGCAUGAUGGUGGUCCUGCCCCAGCUGAAGGAGUGUGUGGGGGCCUAUGUGGAGAGGGUCAUCUGCCCUGAAAUACGAGACAAGGGAGGAUGGAGUGGUUUUGUGUUACGCUUUGGAGAGAAGCAGGACUUGGAGGGCCAGGUGAAGAAGUUGUGCUGCUGGACACUGCUGGCUUUGGCCAUAAGCAUUCUCACCUACUUCAUGUGGAAACGAAUGGUUUAGCCAGCACUGCCACCUAGUGACCACAACCAGAAACUCUCCAAGGAUGUGCCACCACAUCUAAGUAUCUGCAGGGCAUUUUAUUGUUUCUUUCAAUUCUGUCAGUUAAAAACCCAUACUUAUUAAGUGUGAUUCACAUUGUUUAUUUAAUAUUUGAUGAUUUAGAUAAGACAUAUUUAAACUCCUUAUAAACUAAUAUAAGGAGCAUUGAGUCAAAUGAUGGCAAAAACUGAGUAACAAAUGUUUGUGCAGUGGUAUAUGAAUGGUAAUCUGGUAUUAAGAAUCUGUUCUGAGCUCCACAUCAGCUGGUCACAAAGUCUACAUGUAGUCAGAUGGAUUAUACAGCAGCCUGACCAGGCUGAAAUGAACUGGAUUAAUGGUUUAGUUACAUUGUCAGAGCCUUGAAAUGUUAGCUGUAACUGCAUUGUCAAAUGGCAGUGUUUUGUUAUUCACAAUAAAUAUCAAACUCUGAAAGUUAA